AUGGCUCAUACUUUACAUGAUUUGGAAGGCUGGCAGAUUAUUACCACUGAUGAAAAUGGUAACGUUAUUACUGAUUCAAGAAGGAGACCUAGAAGAGGUGGUACAGAAAAUAUUUUUAUCAAGAGAGAUAGCGAUGGGCUAAGUUUUGGUAGAGGGGAUGUCAUUGUGGCCAAUGAUGAUGUUACAGGAACUUAUUCCGUUUAUUUUGUCAAUGAAAUUAGAAAAAACACAUUGAAUAAUGUUGUGGAAAUAUGGUGUUAUAAUUUUUUGCGUUGGUUUGAAUUAAAACCUCUUAAAUAUUAUAAACAGUUCAAACCUGAAAUCUUAGAUUCUAAUCCAAGCAAAGAAGAUUUAAAUGAUCAGUUUUUUGAUGAGAUCAAUCAGGAUGAGUUAUAUUUCACAAUAGAAUUAUCAGAAAUUUGGUUGAAUGAUAUCAUUUCAUUGGGUGUUGUUCAUUCCAAAGACUCAUGGGAAGAGAAUACUUCGAAGAAAAAAACUUACGAUUUCCUAGUUCAAUAUGCCUGUGAACCUACUGCAGAAAAUUUCCAAAAGAUUGACAUGAAAAAUAUUAGAAGAGAAGUGUUAAGAAGAAAUAUCAGAGAUGCAGAAUUAUAUUUAAAAAAUAGAUUGGCUAUUGCCAAAUAUUCUAGAAAAGUAGACUCACCUACAAGUUCAUCCAAGAAGACAAGGUUAGCACCUUCUCAUAACUCUAGCACACAUUCUACUGAUCGCCAUACAAUUUUUAAUCGAUUAAAAUCGAUAUCUGAUAGACAGAAGGAGAGAGCUAAGAAUAGGCAAAACGAACAAUUAUUACUCAGUAGAGGAUUAUCCAAACAAAUUAAUAUGAAUCUAAGGUCAGAAGUUAUUUCUGAUGAUAAUGCAACAGAAAUAGAAAAGCAAGUAGAAAAGCAAGAGGAGAAGCAAGAGGAGAAGCAAGAGGAGAAGCAAGAGGAGAAGCAAGAGGAAAAACAAGUGGAAAAUAAGAAAGAAGAGGCUGAAGAAAAGGACCAGGACGAGCAAGAAGUAAUGAAAGAAAUGGAAGAAGAAGUAAUGGAAGAAAUAGAAGAAGACGAAGACGAGGAGGAAGAAGAGGAGGAAGAAGAACUGGAGGACGAGGUGAAGGAAGGGGUAGAAGGAGGAGUCGAAGAUGAAGAAGAUGAAGAAGUAAUGGAAGAAAUAGAAGAAGUGGAAGAUGAAAGUGAAGAAGAAGAAGAUAGUGAAGAAGAAGAAGCAAAAGAGACAUCAAAAAAUAUGAAACAGGAUACAACAAUAGAUGAAAAGAAUAAUACCUCAUUUGAACAUGAUACUGAAGAUGUUGAAGAUGAUGACCAAGAAGAUGGUGAUGAAAUUAGCAUAUAUGAAGAUGCCCCAGAUUAUCUGAAAACUACCAGAACUUCAUCUUCUCAAAACAAUGUAGAUUCAAACAAGAUAUUGGAUAACUUGAACGAUGAAAACUCAUUACCAAAAUUAAACAAAGAUGAUACUACCAAACGGUCAAUUUUCCAUACUUCAUCUCAAUCAGAUGAACCAGAUUCUAGCUCAGAUAGUGAUGUUAUCUCUGUCUCUGAGACCCAAGUAGAACUGCAAGAUAAAUUUCAUCCACAAAAUUCCUUAAGCCCCCAAUUGGAAGAUAUGUAUGAUGCGAAGGAAAAUGUUGAUAAUUCAACAGGAUCAGAAGUCGAUACUUCCACAUUAUCAAAUGAAGAUCCAGAGCUUAUUGUUACUUCAAAACAUAGAAGUGGGCAGAACUUUGUAGUUUUUGAUACUUCUGAUAGUGAAAACUCAGGUACUGAGAAAGAUAAUUUGACUAAAGUGUUAGAUGUUGAAUUAAUUGAGAAAGAAAAGGAAUCUACUGGUAAAUUAACUCCUAAACUUAAAUCAGGCUACACUCAAUUGACCUCUCAAGAAAAAGAAAAUAACAUUCAUUCAACAACUAUUACAAAAGAAAACAACUCCCAAUUAGUAUCUACCUCAAAAGAAAAUGUCGAUCUCUUUAAGUCCGCCAAGAAAGAGGAUAAUUUGCAGUCAAUAUCCAAAACAAAAGGAGAUAACACCCGCUUAAUGUCCAGAACAAAAGAUAAGAACAUCCAAUCAGCUUCUACCAUAAAAGAAACUAAUCCUCAAACAAUAACUGCCUCAAAAGUUAAGGCUUAUUCAACAGAUAUUACUAAAGAAAGUAAUACUCAAUCAAUGGAUAUAAUCUUAGAAGAUACUACGAUCUUAAACUCUAUCGCAGAGAAAGACACACCAUCUACACCUAUUGUAGGAGUACAUGCAGCUCCCUUCAAACCUAUGGCAAAAGAAGAAAACGCUCAAUCAAUCUCCAGAAUAAAAGAUGAUAACAUCAACUUAUUCUCUAAAACAAAAGAAGUUAAUACUAAAGCAAUAGCUAGUACAAAAACUGAAAAACCUAGAGCACUGGCUUUAGGAAAAGAAAAUACUGCUACAUUUAACUCUCUCGCGAUAGAAGGUAACACUCAACCAGUAAUUAUCACGAAAGAAAUUUCUACUACUUCUAAAUCUAGCGAAAAGAGGCCAAAAAAAUUAUCUACUAAUGGUAAUAGUUCUAUUGCAUUAGAAGUAAAUGACAUGCAUAAAUCUAAAGCUACAUUAAAUACUGAUAAUGUACAAUUGAAUACCAUUAUUGAUAAAAAACGUUGUACAUCAAACGUUUCUGAAAUAGUAAGCCCUAAAAGAAAGAAGCAAAAGAUAGAUUUUAUAUCAAAGUAUAAUAAAUUUUCGAGCCGGUUUAAAGAUGAAUCAAAAACAUCUGUUAGUUUCAAUCUUAACGACUUUAAUGAUAAACUUUCAAGUACUUUAGAUAUCUCUGCUUUGGAGUCAAAAUUACCACAAGAUCGAAACAACGAUAAUAAAUAUUCUACUGGCACUGCUGGAAUUGUGCCAGUGUGGAACAAUAACACUGGCAAUAUUGAUAUAACCAACAAGGAAGAACUAGAAAAGAGAUACCCUGCUCGUUCUGAAGAAUUUUUAAUAUUGUGGAACUCUAUAUCCAAUGAUUUAAAAAACGGGACUUCCUCAAGCUAUCGUAUUGUAGGUAAUUACGGAACAGGUAAGAAUUUUAUUACCAGUAGCGUCGUUGAACGAUGCAAGAAAGAUCCUAAUAUUCCUAAUUUUCAAUUCUUAGAAAUUACCAAAUUCAGUGAUAAAAACCCAAGAGAAUAUUUCUAUUGUCAAUUGUGGAAACAGCUUUCCAAAAAUAAAUCCAUAAUUGAUGCCGAGGUAGCCAUAGAGUCACUAAACUAUUAUUUUAACGCUAUCUCAAAGAAUAAGAGGCGUCCUAUUAUAAUUAAAAUUACUCAGCUGAUUAGUGACACUACACUACGUAAUGACGUAAACAGGUGGCUGACUCUUCCGAAUUCCAAAUUAAUAUUUAUUUUUACAGAUCAAAAUGAUGAACCAAUAGAAAGCUAUCCGCAGGGAUCAAGCAGUUUGGUUUUUAAGGAUUACUCAAAUGAUGACUUAAUUAAAAUUAUUGGUAUAUAUUUGGAAGGCUUGAAUGGUUCUUAUCAAUAUAUAAACCAAAACACCAAUAACACUACAAGUGAUAGCGUGGAUGGUUUAUGCAAUACGGAAAGAUUUAAAAUUAAAAUUGAAAAAUCUACUAUUCAUAAAUUAAAGGUAGCUAUAGCAAGUCUAAGUAUGAAUGCUCAAGAAGCUAUAAACUUAUGCAUUCAUUCAAUAAAUAUUGCAAAAAGAAGAUAUUUUUCCGAAGUAGCAAAGAGUAAAGCAGGUAACUCUGAAAAAAUUAUUGAAAUACAUUCACAUGAUUUUAACAUAGCAAUCAGUGAUUUUACACUUAUUCCUAAUAUGAAACUAUUUCUAAAUUCAUCACUCCUCUGUAAACUAUUCGUUAUAUCCUUAUCAUUAUUAGGUGCGUCAGAUCAACCUAAUACAAAUGUUAAUGGAAAGAAAUAUUUUACUCGCUCAUUCAUUAUUGCUAAUCUGUUCAAAUUGAUUACAUCCAUUAAAGAUAAGACAAUUUGGAACCAUUUCAAAAUAUUUUUUCCAGUAACUAAUAGACCCACAACUGACACUUAUAAUCUUGAAAUAUUCUAUAAGUCAAUUUCUUGGGAUUAUAUAAUAUCUGAAUUAUCUAACAUCGAUAUUAUUGAGGAGAAUAGCUCACCAAAAGAUAGUUACCAUUGCACCAUUCCCAUAACUAACUUAAGAUACGUAAUAGGUAAAGAACAUAUACUAUAUGAGCUGCUUAACCGGAAUUAA